UCGGAUGUCAAAUUAUGAGCAAAAUCAUCGUCAGGACAUCAUUGAUAUGAAAGAGUUGCUACCUUUACUCAACCAGGUUGAGUAUCACCCAUACUGUCAUGAGAACGACUUGAUUAAGUUCUGUCAAGAGCGCAACAUCACCUUCAACGGCUACACUCCAAUGAGCUGCCCAGACUACGCCCCUUCGACACACGGCUGGUCACACUCGACGCUCCAAGCACUCGUUGUCAUGCAGAUCGUUCAAGUACACAGUGCCGAUCCCAGUCAGGUGCUGCUGGCCUGGGAGCUGGCCCACGGCGUGGUGGCUAACCGGGGGACCCGCAAUCCGGACCACAUGACGCUGAACUUGCAGUUUGAGAAGGUGAAGCUGAGCACUGACGACAUUGCCAAGACCGCUGCCAUUGUACCGCCGGAGAAGAACAAGGUUUUCCCUGACCGUCACCAGUACAAGUAGUGCUUAGUCACUUGUUCAACUGCACAGUUUCCGUAUAAGUUAUUGUACAUGACGUCAAUGUUCUGUCUGACACUCGCCUUGUGCAUACCAGCCAGAGUAAACACAGGACGGUGUUAUAC